AUGACGGACUCCGCGCGCUGGAAGGCGACCGUGUUCGUGGGUGGGCUGGCUUCGAUCGUGACGGCCUCCAACGUCCACGAUGCCUUCAUCCCCUUUGGCGAAAUCGCCGAUGUGUCGCUGCCGAAAAACGACAAGCCGAACUCAACCGACCCUCACAGGGGCUUCGCCUACGUUGAGUAUGAAGACGCGGAGGAUGCCAAAGAAGCCAUCGACAACAUGGAUCAGUCCGAGUUCUUCGGACGAGUCAUCAAAGUAUCAGCCGCCAAGGUGCCGAAGAGCGCAGACGAGGGUCUCGGAAGCAAGAAGGCUGUUUGGGAACGGGAGGGAUGGCUGGCAGAACAUGCCAUGGGUGAUGAAGAAAGGCUCGCAGAAGAGCAAACUACUGAGAUUGAAGUGCGUGGAGACGACCCCAUGCAAGGUCUGGAGGGACUUGACGUCGCCGGACCAAGGCCGGAGUGA